AGCAGACGCAAGAGGGAGUAGGAACGAUUUUGGUAAUAUUCAAUCGAAAUAAUGAAUCUUACACCAAAGUUAAGACCGAUCCAAGUUAACCGUUGAGAAUAAUAUGGAUAUUGAAUCAAAUUUAGAUAUAAGAUUUGUAAGUGUAAUUUUACUAGAAUUUAUCCUUGUUUAAUUAAAAGAGAAAAAAAAAAAAAAAGUUGGUAUGUGAUUUACACUGCCACAUAACAGAUUGUUCGAGAUAUUGGGAUAAGGAAAUUGUGGUAACGAUUGGGAAAAAAAAAAAAAAAAAAAAGUGAAAUUUUCUUUGAAAUUUUAAUUUUGGUUUGUGAAGAAAGGUAAGGCGGCACGCAAAUCUAUGAGAGUAAAAAUAUCAUUGUAUAUAGAUUUCCGUAUUUGCAAAAUCUCUAUAAUUAAACUAUUUAAUUGGUUAAAAUUAUCAUCAUAUCCUAAUUAAAUAUUUCCAUACACAAACAAAAAUUCCUUAAGUUUCGUAUAUACUUAUCCUUCCCUCCAAAAGUUCGCCAGAAAAAACAAAAGCACUCCCUAAAAAGAAAUUUCCAAUUUUCCAUAGCCCAUCAUUAAUAUCUUCAAUCAGCUCUCUCUCUCUCUCCCUCUCUCAUGCAAACUGAAGCAACGACUUUUCCAUGCAUGUUUUGCUAAUUAGCAUUGCAAUGCAAAAAAAAGAAGAUAAAAUAAAAUAAUGAAAACCAGCGUUAUUCCGAACCUACCUCUCCCUCUGAAACCAUUCAUUCUCGCUCUCUUUCUCUCUCUAAUAUUCCUCACAUUCCUCUCUUUCCAACCCCCACUCCACCGCAAAAUCACCACCUUCCGAACCACCCUUCUUCAAUCACCACCACCGUCAAAAUCAAACACCUCCGACGACCUCCGUAUCCGAUCCGGAUACCCAUCCUACGAAUCCUAUAUCCAACACCAGCUCAAAAAAACCCUCAAUCCCAAGCUCCGAAAAAUAUGGACCACCCGCGAUUGGAAUCGCAAGGUUAGGGUCUUCGCCGAUUUUUUCCGAAGCCUCAAGCGCCGAAACCUCCUUUCCAACUCGUCGAAAUCGCUCUGUGUCGGAGCCCGAGUCGGUCAGGAAGUUGAGGCUUUGAGGAGUAUCGGAAUCGGUGACUCGGUGGGUCUGGAUCUGGUACCUCAUCCCCCGUUGGUUUUGGAAGGAGAUUUUCAUGCCCAGCCGUUCGAUAAUGAGACUUUCGAUUUUGAAUUCUCGAACGUGUUCGAUCACGCUUUGUUUCCCUGGAAGUUCGUUGGGGAAAUCGAACGGACGUUGAAACCCGGUGGGGUUUGUGUGUUGCACGUGUCGUUGUCUAGACGGGCUGAUAAGUACUCGGCUAAUGAUUUGUAUAGUGUGGGACCCUUGGUGGAGUUGUUUAACGAAUCGGUUGUGGUUGAUGUUAGGAACGUCGAUGGGUUUGGGCUUGACACCGAGGUGGUCUUCAGGAAGAAGAAGAAGGACAUAAGGAGCUGAUUAUUUUAUUGACCCUUUUUUUUUUUUUUCCUCUUUGUUGUAAAAAUCAAAAAACAAAAAUCUUUUAGAAUAUAUAUAUAUAUAUAUAUAUAUUUUGGUUUAAUGUGUUAAAAGUUAUAUACAUUUCUUUUUUUGAAAGAAUCUUUGAUGAAAUGAUGAUCUUCAUAUAUGUAUAUUA